CGAAUUACAUGGACAUAACUGGGCCGCAGGACGGACGCACUCAUUUCGAAAUACGGACACUGUAACAGCGAGGAGAGCGAGCCCGACUGUUCAAGGCCGAGGAUCGACGGGACUCGGGGCUAGGAGGACACCAUGGCGGCCGACACAGAGCGGACCAUUCUCGACUUCUAUCAAGUCUCCUCUCUCAACCCAGUCGAAUGGCCGGCCGAGAAGGACAACAACAGUGAUGUUUCCGACGAUGAGACGGCCAAGCAAAAGGCCAACAGGAGGAAGUCAAGGUUCCAGGCGCUUGAGAGGGUUGUGAGCAACAGGAAUAGCGUGGUGCCCGGUUCCGAGACUUCGGCCAGUGGUGUUGGUAAUCUGGUUCAGAGGGACGAACCUGACCCCUUGGGCACCACUGACAGUGUGGUACGGACGUUGAAGCAGAUGGGAGUUCCGUUGCAAGAUGACCCAAAGCUCCGAAAUCGAUUUCUGCUUUCAUCGACGACAUUUUCCCCGGCGCUCUUCCUCUCUCAGGUCCAUGCGACUGACAGUACCGAAGCGUUACUCAAUGGAUUGGAAGUGUUGAAUCAGUCGAUCGACCAAAAGUCGGCAUCCCUCAAGGUUCUCGUCGAGUCAAAUUUCGAACGCUUUGUACGAGCAAAGGCUACAAUCGACAAUGUUUACAAGGAGAUGAAGUAUCGCGGGGCUGAGCCAGCAGCUCCGCGUGCCAGGGCUCACUCAAGACACGCCAGCACUCGGAGUACCAGUGCCGCUGGUGGUCUGGCAAGCCCCAUGGCCCCGAUGGUUGACCCUCGAAAGAAGAAUGCGCUGAUCAAGGAGAGUGAGUACGGUGUCAUGGGCGUAAAGGCUCCCUUGCUCGAUGUUUCUGCCAAGGCUGAGGAUUUCUGGGGGCCUGCAUUGGGCGGACGUGAGAAGGAGGAACACUUAAAGACAGUGGGAUCCUCUCUUGAUACCUACAAAGACUAUGUCGAGAUCAGUGCUGCAUUGGCCGAGAGCAUCAAACGGAAAGACCACGAGAGUUUGGUUGAGGAGUAUAACAGGGCCAGACGAUUCGCUGAUGAAGCGAAACAGAUCGCCCAGAAUAUCGGGUCGGGCGAACCCACUGAGGCACAACUGUACAAGAUCCUCCUCGCAGCACGAAUGUGGCAUGAUGUCGACGGGCAGAUACAAUCAUUCAAGAGAGACGUGUGGCGAAGACUUGUAUCCCCUCAGGCAAUGGCCAAGUCGGACGCAGCGCUAGGACAGGCGCAUGAUCAGCAUAUGGACCUGAUAACGCUUCUCCUGGAACUAGGUGUUGAGGAGAACCCCAUCUGGACAUGGCUACAGAGCCGGGUUGGGUAUCUGAAAAGUAGGAUUCAAUCUACAGCGGAGAGGUCCAAGGGCGAAAUCGAAGUGCUGCGACGGCGUCUAGCAAAUGUCGAGAAGCCUAGCCCUCAGUCAAUAGCGUCAAACUUGAGGGCACUCGGCAGGCAGUCCAUCGAAAGCAAAACACCGACUUUUGACUCGGCCGAGGUUCUGGAGGUUUGGGAGACGAUAGUGGCUUUCAUGAACAACCUCAUGUCGCCUCACGGUAUUUUGGGUGAAGUCGUUGAAUUCUGGCAAACAGUAGAAGGGUUCAUAGACGGCAAUACUCAGAGAACUCUCCCUGUUGGCUAUAAGGGGGAAUCACAGGGACACCAUAGACUCACCCAGCAGAGCUCUCAGGAACUGCAGAGGGCCACGGUCGAGCUGGUUGACAUGAUCAAGGAGCAUGUUUUGUCCUUCUUUACCGGCCCUCCACCUGAAGACCUCUCUGCGCUUGUCUCCCCUCUACCGUCAACGCCGAACACGCCGAACCCAUCCACAACACCAGGGCCAGCUAUCCAAAACACCACUCUAAGAGUCCCAAUUAACCUCGACCCGAAUAAUCUUCCGCCUCCAUCACCGAAGCGAGGAGAAGCCUGGGAGAAGUUCGCGUUUUGGCCACCUUGGUCCAACUCCAUCAGCGGAGCCCACUACCUCGCCAAAAUGCUUACUCUCGUCGGAUCUGGGGCGUCUGAUAUGGCCUCUCUUGCUCCGGUCGGCAAAGGUGAUCCUUCGGAGCUGGAGCAACUGAGAAACCUCAUGGGGGCAACCAGGGAGAGAUGCGUAACUGCUCUUUGUGCCGCAUGGAACAGAGAUUCCGAGAACAUCAAAUACGUGGAGGACUGGAACAGAUCACCUAUCCGGAAGGAUGUGACAAAGAUGCCUGCCAGCUUUGCCGCUUUUGAGGGGGCAUUACUAAGUGGAAUGCAGAAGAUCCUCUACGUUUCCGAAGCCAUGACCAAGCCUGGGGCCGAGGAUAUUGUCCUACCGCCUGCAACGAAACUGCUACAAAUGGUGCGGAGUCAGUAUGUCACCACGCUCUACAAGGCCCUUCAUGGCAUGGUAGAAAACGCAGAGCUGCCCAUCAAGAAGCCUGACGAUGACUGGACGACGGAUGCCAAUGAUUUCGUUCUCGUCAAUAACCCCUCUGGACUACGGGUAUCAACAAUCGGGGGCGCCACCCUUGACGCUGGCGAUAGUAAUGUCCGCAUGCUUCUCACCCUCAGCAACCUCCAAGCUCUCCGUUCCGAAGUGGUCCCGAACCUCAACACCCAAUUCGAGAACGCCUUCUCCGUCAAGCUCACCGACGAAACCAAGACCAUCCGCGACGUCCUCGGCCAAAUCGACGCCCGUCUUUUCCAAUCCUACACUCGUCCCUCGAUCGAGUCCCUGCGGCGCAUCAUCCGCGCCGGCGUGACCGCCUCCGACUGGCCGCCCCCGCCCGGCACGAAGCCGCGCGAGGUGAGACCGUACAUCUACGAAGCCCUGCUCGACCUCGUGCUCGUGCACACGCAGGUGUCCACGACGGCCGCCUCCCUAACCAGCCAGGUGCUCUCGUUCCUGCUCGAGCAGACGUCGCGCGAGCUGCUCGAGGCGUUCAAGACCCGCGCCCGCUACGACCUGGGCAUGCUCAUGCAGGCCACGCUCGACGUCGAGUUCGUCGCCCAGACGCUGAACCACUACACCACCGACCGCGCCUCGGAGCUGCAGAGUGCCGUGUACCAGGAGCUGGACAGCCGGACGGACAAUGAUGCGCGGACAAGGCUGCAGUCUGAGUUGCCUGAGAUGCGGGCUGUGUUGAAGCGGUUGAGGGAGGCGAGCAGGAGUGAGUUUGCGUGCUUUAGGAAGCCGAAGAAGACUACUGGUCCUGCCGCUGGCAGCGGUGCUGCUGCUGCUACUACUACUGGGUCUUCGGCUGGGUCUGCGGCUAUGCUGGCUGCCCAGGUUGGAGAUAUGAGCGGCCUGGAGAGAACGGAUACGCGGGAUACGGGGCGUAGCUAUGCGACUUUGGAGAGGACGGAUACUAGAGAUACGGGACGGAGCUAUGGGACUACGGGAAGCGAGAGGUAGAGAGAUGGGAUGGCACGGGACGGGGCACUUCGUCGGGGGAGGUAGG